AUGUACAUUUCAGCACCACCAUCACUAGCACUAUCAUCAUUACCAUCAUCGUCGUCAGCGCCACAAGUGUUAGCUUCAUCUGCAAGAGUAGCAACUAGUCAAAACAGUGAAAAAAACAAGGCAACCACAAAGCCAUCGGAAGCAGUGGAGGGAUUUCAAGCAACCGCCAAUGAACAACCGGCAGUAGCUUCAGUGAUUGACUCAACAAGUGGUUCGCUGGACAAAGAUUUGACCUCGAAGCCAUCCACAAUCAGCAAGCAGCAACUGAUGGAUAGAGCUUGUAUAAUCGUAUUCGAGGUCGACCCAAACGUGGAUCUCGCAUAUUUCCGUGGCAGUGACCAUUUGGAGUCCUCAGGAGCGGAUCACUGUGCCUAUCUGUGCUAUCGAGAUGCGUGCACGGCAGCGAUCUUCUCACCACCGUCGACUCCCGGCAAACGUGGUGUUUGUGAGCGACGUUUUGAUGGCGUGGAAAAGUGUAACGGAACGUUGAGACGCGACUACUACUACAAAACCACCAGACCUAUCUAUUUGCAAUGUUUCCGAUGUCUACCGGAAAAACCACAAACCAAACCGCCGCUCGAAGUAACAACACCAAAAUCGGAAGUCCUGGUGCCGCAAACACCGCCCGCUUCAGCGAAACAAGAGUCAGUACCUGAAGCCGCUGUGUCGCCGGAAAGCGCCUCCGAAGCACCGAAAACUGAGGCUACGGAAGCAUCACAAGCUCCUGCGCCAGGAACGCCUGAAUCAAAAGCUGAAAAAAUAGAAACUGGUGUGCCGGGUACCAUUGCACCGGAACCAGCAAGCGGAAGCGGGGAAGCAAGCGCAGCUGACGAGGUAAGCAAAGAAAAAUCUAUACGAGAGGAGAGCACCGGGGCAUCUGAGUCCAGUAAAUCCUCAGCUGGCUCCUCUGAAGAAGGAAUUAAGUCAACUACUGUAUCGGAGAAACCGGAAGCAAAAGCAAGUGAGCAGCCGACACCUAGCGCUGCAGAGACUGCAAAACCGGAAGCCGGAACACCAAAAUCUGCAGAAGAAGGAACAGUGACACCGACCAUCGUUGCUGGAAAAACAAAAGAAGAGGAAGCUGGAGCAGCAGCCUCAGCUCUCCCUGGAUACGAACCAGUCGAGGAAGGAAAAGGAGCAGCACCACCUGGCACCACACCGCCGCCAUCCGGGAUCUCAAGCAUUGGGACAUCCGAAACAGGAAAAGUUGCUGAGGCUACAUCUAAAGCUACUGUAGGUCAAGAGGCUGCAACGACGGUUCCCGAAGUCACAGCAUCUGAAGCUGGGCCAUCCAAGGAAGAAGGUACAACACCCCAGGAAGCUGCACAACCUGCGAAAUCUGAAGAAGCACCCGGCGGAACUAAGGAAGUUCCGACUUCUGCUACCGCAGCUGCACCAAGUACUGGAGGUGAAUCAACCGCGGAAGCUGGAACAAAAGAAAGCAGUGAAGCUACAGCCAGUGCUGGAAAAGAAGAAACACAACCUGUACAAACAACGCCUUCAGAAGUAAAGCCGGAAGCUGGCAGCAGUGCAGUGGUAACAGCACCUGUAGGACCCUCAGAGGCAGCUGUUGGAACAAGAGAACAACCAACUCCUCCGGCUGCUCCAGAAGGAGAAACCGCAGCAGCGGAUCUAUACGGUGCUGCUAGUACAGCGAUGAUGCCCGGUUCUACACCACCACCAACAAAGAGUGCACCUGAACCUGAAACACCGAAAGCCGAAGAAGCUGCAUCUAAAGGAGAAGUUCAGAAGCCAGUCGGAGGCAAGGCGUCCUCGGAAAUACCACCAUUGUCAGAGCCGAAAUUGGCGGAUGAAACGGAAAAACUGGCCGUAUCAACUGCCGAAUCCAAAGAAGCAACCCAAGCUGCUUCUGGAUCACCCACUGCACCGGCUCAUGAUACAGGUGCUACAUUAGAAGCAGCGAAACCGAAUGCAGAAGUAGCGAGCGGAACAGUUGCAGCACCCGCAGCUGAGACAGUUGUUGUUCCUCCUGCAGCUACUGACAAGUCUCAGUCGAUUCCCGUGGAAAAAGAACGGCGCGAAGAGCUUUCUAAGCCGCCAUCGAAGCUGCCAGCUGCAUCACCAUAUAAAUAUUUGCAAGGUAUAUUAAUGUCUUGA